AUGUCCCCAAACAACACUUCUCGCAAACCAAGGGUUGCCAUCGUCGGUGGCGCCAUUGGCGGUUGCCUCACAGCGUUGGCGUUGCGCGACAUAGCAUCGACCAUCGUUGUGAUUGAGCGUGCUGCCAAUCUGUCCGAGAUGGACCUUGACCUGGGCGGAGGAGGUAUCACGCUCUUUACCAAUUCCGUCGAUCUCCUCUCAAGAAGCGACUUAGUUCAGCCCGGUGGCUUGACCGCGGAGAGCCUGCGCGUCCCCAGCAACGCUCAGACAAUCGUCCUGAGGGAGUGGUACAGCGGCAAAGAGACGAACCGCAUCGAAGCGCCUGGCGAGCACUGGUCCCUCCAUCGCAGGACAUUCAUCACCAAGCUCUACGAGCUGGUAGAACAGCAGGGGCGUUCCGAAGGAGAUCACAACGCCCAGGUCGAAUUUAUUUGGAACGUCAACGUCAGACCUGAAGAUGUCGACACGCUUGCGGGCACGGUCAAAGUCGGCAAUGAGCGCGUGGUCAAGGCCGACAUCAUUGUCGGCGCCGACGGCGUCAAGUCGGCCGUUCGUCGCGCUAUCCUGCGCGCCUCUGGCUUCGGCACUCCCAAAUCUGUGCCAAUUGGUUUCAGUGUCAUCCGCUUCAACCAGCCAGACUCAUGCUUGAGCCAAGAGACGAGGCGUCUCAUGAACCUGCAAGACUGUAGUAAGCCCAGUCAGGGAGAGCGCUUCCAAGGCGAACAAAUUGCUGUCGUUCACGGACCAUUCAUGCGGUCGGUCCACUACCGAAUUCGCGACGAUGGCCUUUUGAAUUCGGUCGUCUACAUCCCCGACGACAUUGUGCUCCGUGAUAGACCUGGCCUCGGCAGGUCCUGGCGGAGCCAAGUCGACGGCGAAUUUAUGAAUAGUCUCGUCGACAAACACUAUGCGCCCAUGCUGCCCGGUAUGGCGGACAUGUAUCGUCAGGCCGAUGGUGCAGGUGUUUGGCAGCUCCGGUCGAUGCCAGCGCUGCCAACAUGGUCGCAUGGUAAGGCCAUCAUCAUUGGCGAUGCCGCUCAUCCCAUGGCCCCCUUCCAGGGUAGCGGCACCUCGAUGGUCAUUGAGGACAUCGAAGCUCUGCGUCUUCUCCUCAAGCAAUCCCUAGCUGGCCCACCGGCGAUGGACGAGGCGAUCCGCAAUACGUUCGACUCUGUCUACAAGGUCCGCUUCCUCCGUGCCUCCAUCGUCCAGACCAUCUCUGAUCGAACGCCAUUCCAGCGUGACGUCCUCGACCAAAAGCAAAGGGCCUCUCUGGAGAUGGAGGGAAAUCCUAACAACAUGGGCUCUUUGAUCCUCAACGAGGAUGGCAUGCCCCUCCACGAAGCCUACAGCAAGGCCAGGAAGAGAGUCGAAGAGGCUGUGGAAGCAGAGCGCUUGGACCUCGAUAGUCCGAUCAUCGUUCAAUGGGCCAUGGUGUACACUAACGCAGAUGAAUGGCAGAAAUCUAAAGAGAGUCUCAUUCUUGACGACGAGCACGACUUGUGGCGCAAAGACGGUCCUAGCCGGACGUAG